AUGUUUUUACUUUUAUUUUUCAUUUUCUUUACAACUCUUUUAUUUUGGAAUUUUGUUUGGAAGCGAAGAGGAUUACCACCUGGACCGAUCCCAUUGCCUAUUUUUGGAAAUGCAUUUUCGAUAAAUAAUUCAAUUUAUGAACAAUUCCAAAUUUGGGCAAAAGAAUAUGGCCCAGUUUAUACAAUUUGGCUAGGAGAAGAUCCAACUGUUAUUGUUACUGAUCAUGAAAUUAUGCGUGACCUUUUUGUCAAAGAAGGGGAUGUUUAUGCUGGUCGAAAUCUUAUGGGCGAUCUUUUUAAAACGUUUUCAGCCGUAAAAGACGAUUAUGGGGGUGUUAUACGCACAGAAGGAGAUCCCUGGAAGGUUAUGCGUCGAUUCGGUCUACAGUCAAUGCGUAAUUUGGGUGUUGGAAGGGCUGGACUUGAAAAGCAUUUACUUGAAGAUAUGGAAAGAUUUAUUGAACAAAUAAAAGAGGAAAUAUCUAAAAAUGGGGGCUAUAAUGUCAAUCUUCAAAGUAAAAUAGAUCGUUUGGCUGGAACUACAGUAAAUCGUGUUACAUUUGGAUAUCCAUUCGAAGAUGAACAUAUGUCUGAAUUCUACGAAUUAAAGCAACAUUUAGAAGAUCAAACGUGUUUACUUUCCUCAUUGACAGGCUUUAUGUUAAUGACAAUGCCUUGGCUUCGAUAUUUCCCCAUAUUUUCACAAACAUUUAAAAAAUUAGACAAUAAUUUGAAAAUUUGUUAUGAAUUCAUUAAAAGGCCGAUAAAUAAAAGAGUUUCUGAACGGGACAAACAAACACCUGAAGAGAGAGGAGAACCUAAUGAUUUAGUUGAUUAUUUUCUUGAUCAGAUAGAGACGGGAAAGGAUGAAUAUUUUAGUUUGAAGACUAUAGCACCCUUUUGUUUUGAUUUAUUUUUGGCUGGUCAAGACACAACAUCAACUACAUUAAAUUUUUUAAUUUUAUAUUUAAUACUUGACCAAAGAGUUCAAUCAAAAAUGCAUGAAGAAUUAGAUCGUUUGGAGGAAGAAAAGGGCCGUAAUGGAUUUGAUAAUUCUGUUACACAAGCUGAUAGAGGAAAAUUACCUUUUUUAAAUGCUGUUAUUAAUGAAACACAACGUGUUUGUAAUUUACUUCCCUUAAAUCUUACACACCGAACAAUGGAAGAUACUCAAAUUUUAGGAGGAAAAUUUCAUAUUAAAAAGGGCACAUCAAUUAUUCCACAAAUUUGUUGUGUGUUAUUUGAUGAGAAGAUCUUCCCCAAUCCUCAUCGUUUCGAACCAGAAAGAUUUUUGGAUGAUCAAGGCCAAUUAAAACGUAUUGAAGAAUUUAUUCCUUUUAGUUUAGGGAAGAGAAUUUGUAUGGGAGAAUCAUUAGCCAAAACAGAAUUAUUUCUUUUUACGGCAAAUUUCUUUCGUCAUUUUCAAGUUUUACCGGUUGAUCCGCUUCAUCCACCUUCUAGUGAAAAAAUUAAAGGAUUUACUGUUAGGCUUCAUCAUUACAAUUGUCGAAUAAUUUUGCGAACAAAAAAGGAUUUUUAA